CUUCGUAUCAGCGUACCAUAGAAAAUAUCCUUACCUCAGGCAGUAACAAUAUCAAUUGUCUGCUUCUGCAAUACCCAAAGAUCCCGACCUACUUAUCCUGGACCAACGGACACAACGUAUAUCCUGUAAAUAGAACAAAUAGCCCGGAGCACCUCAAGGAAGCAGAUUUCGAUAUAUUGCUUCUUCGAAACAACUCGUACUGUCUAUCAAGUUUUGCACUUGUCUUGAAAUACGAUUGAUAUCCCCGCCGCUUCCAAACGCACAACGCUCAACACUCCAGCGCCAGCGCCAUGUCCUCUUUCUUACGAAGCCUGCCUGCGCGCGCGUCAGCCGCAAACACGCCUACAAUCGCUCUUCAGUCUUCUUCAAUCGCCAUACGAACCACUUUUGCAGCACACGGAGCAGUAUCUCGACAAGCCGGAAAUGUCCUUGUCCUACGCGGUUCUCGUCGUCAGGCAUCUUCGUCCUCAAAGACAAGCGCUUCGCAAGAGCCGUCAGCCCAUGCCAAUUUCUACAAGCAAUUCAGCCGCCCCAUUGCCAAAGUAUUCCUUCCCGCGGUCUUCACGUACCAAGCGCUCUACUGGUUAUGGGUGAAGCUGGAAAAGGACGAAGUCAAGGCCGAGAAAGAGGCUAAUCUUUUGUUUUUGGUGGAUGUAGCUGAAAUUUCUGCGCUGGAGAAUAAACUGCGAGAAGUCACUGCUGAGAAGAAGCCAUCGUCGUGAAUGCGGUUGCGGGUUGAAGGAUCU